CAUGACACCCGGACUCAAACCCGCCAUCUGAGCCGCCCUGAGGAACCGAACCCCGGACCCAGAGACACACAUCUUUACGCACGCACAGGGAGACUCAUAUAUUGCAGCCAAAAAGACAGGAACGCCGACCGAGGCGAACUCCACUGCGCCGCGGAUUUGCGCUUUAUCUCCCCAAAAAUAAAAAAUAAACUCACUCCCUGCGAGUUAUCUCACAACCAAAAAUUAAAUAAAAUGUCAUCAUCGGUUAAGGACAGCGGGCAUUACGCCAACUAUGUGGGACCGUACCGCUUGGAGAAGACGCUGGGCAAAGGACAGACAGGUCUGGUGAAGCUCGGCAUCCACUGUGUGACGUGUCAGAAAGUCGCUGUAAAAAUUGUCAACAGAGAAAAGCUCAGCGAGUCUGUGCUUAUGAAGGUGGAGCGGGAGAUAGCCAUUCUGAAACUCAUAGAGCACCCCCACGUUUUAAAGCUGCACGACGUCUAUGAAAAUAAGAAAUACCUGUACCUGGUGCUGGAGCAUGUGUCGGGGGGGGAGCUGUUCGACUACCUGGUGAAAAAGGGCCGACUAACACCUAAAGAGGCCAGAAAGUUCUUCAGACAGAUCAUCUCCGCGCUGGACUUCUGCCACAGCCACUCUAUAUGCCACCGAGAUUUGAAGCCCGAGAACUUGUUGUUAGACGAGAAGAACAACAUCAGGAUCGCAGACUUCGGCAUGGCGUCUCUGCAGGUCGGGGACAGUCUGCUGGAGACCAGCUGCGGGUCUCCGCACUACGCCUGCCCAGAGGUGAUCAGGGGGGAGAAGUAUGACGGCAGGAAAGCAGACGCAUGGAGCUGCGGAGUCAUCCUGUUUGCACUUUUAGUGGGCGCUCUGCCCUUCGACGAUGAUAACCUGAGGAACCUCCUGGAGAAAGUGAAGCUGGGAGUUUUCCACAUGCCUCACUUCAUCCCUCCGGACUGUCAGAACCUCCUCAAGGGGAUGAUCGAGGUGGACGCCGGCAAGAGGCUCACGUUAGAGCAGAUCCAGAAGCAUACGUGGUACCUAGCGGGGAAGAACGAGCCCGAGCCGGAGCAGCCCGUCCCGAGGAAGGUGGCCAUCCGGUCGCUGGCCGCGGCCGAGGAGAUCGACCCGGACGUCUUGGAGAGCAUGCACUCGCUCGGCUGCUUCAGAGACAAGGAGAAGCUCCUCAAAGACAUGCUGUCGGAGGAAGAAAACCAGGAGAAGAUGAUCUACUUCCUGCUGCUGGACCGAAAGGAGAGGUAUCCGAGUCAGGAGGACCAGAACCUGCCGGCACGCACCGAGAUCGCAGACCCUCCGAGGAAGCGCGUGGAUUCCCCGAUGCUGAGCCGGCACGGUAAACGGAGGCCGGAGAGGAAGUCCAUGGAGGUGCUGUGCGUCAUGGAGGGGGGGUCCCCGGUCCCCGUACGAAGAGCCAUCGACAUGGCAACCCACGGCCAGAGCAAAUCUGUGUUCAGUAAAAGCUUGGAUAUCACAAACGCUAACUGCAGCAAGGAGGAAAGAUCGCGGUCGAUCAGCGGAGCUUCCUCCGGUCUGUCCACCAGUCCUCUCAGCAGUCCCAGGCCGACGCGGCGGUUUUUCAUCCCGCCCCAGUCCCCCGACCUGUGUCAGUCCCCCAACUGCAGCCCCACCCACUCCCACCACGAGGUGCGCCUCAACGGGGGGCCGCGGACGCCAAACUCCUACCACCCAAAGAUGGGGUCCCCCCUCAUGCACCCCCGCACGCAGACCCUCCCCGCAAAGCCCAAAGUGUCAGAGAAGCCCCUGCAGACCACACGCUCGAACCCCCUCCCAAACACCGCCCAGAGCCCCACCAACCCCAAAUCUGCACCCUCCACUCCUUCCACGCCUCUGACCCCCUGCAUCACCAACAGCCCCCGGGUGAGGCGCCACCCCCCCCUCACUGUACCCCCAAAACUCUCCAUCCCCCUCUCCCCCGCCCCCCCUAUGUCGCCCCGCCGCCGCCACCACCACCUCCACCUCUACCCUGACCACAACGGAAAAUCUGUCCCCAUCACGCAGGUGACCCCCCCCCCCCCCCCCCGAGGGAGCCCUCUCCCCACCCCCAAAGGCACCCCUGUGCACACGCCCAAGGACAGCCCGGCCGGGACCCCCAGCCCCACGCCCCCCCCCAGCCCCUCCAUUGGGGGGGGUCUGCCCUGGAGGACGCGCCUCAACUCCAUCAAGAACAACUUCCUGGGCUCACCACGCUUCCACCGCAGGAAAAUGCAAGUUCCCACCCAGGAAGACAUGUCCAGUCUAACUCCAGACUCUUCUCCAGAACUGGCGAAGAAGUCGUGGUUCGGUAACUUCAUAAAUCUGGAGAAAGAGGAGCAGAUCUUCAUCGUUAUCAGAGACAAACCUCUGAACUCCAUCAAGGCCGAUAUCGUGCACGCCUUCCUCUCCAUCCCCAGCCUGAGUCACAGCGUCAUCUCUCAGACGAGUUUCCGGGCAGAGUAUAAAUCCUCCGCCGGGCCGACAGUUUUCCAGAAGCCGGUGAAGUUCCAGGUGGACAUCACCUUCACGGAGAGCAGCAGCGCCACCAAGGACAACGGCAUCUACUCCGUCACCUUCACCCUGCUCUCAGGUCCAAGUCGACGUUUUAAGCGCGUUGUGGAGACGAUUCAGGCCCAGCUGCUCAGCUCAGACCAGCCCGGCAUCCAGCCUCAGAUAGCUGGCAGCCCGUUGAGUAACUUCUUUGACGUAAUUAAACAGCUUUUUUCAGACGAGAAGAACAUCCAACAAGCGUCCCCCGACACGCCUAGCUCCCCCGCCAAGCAUGCCCCCGGCAGCAAGCCCACACCCCCGCCCAAUGACUCUAAAUGCCCCCCCGGCAAAGACAAAACAAAGAUGGCCGACAGCAACAGGACACAGGAACAACCUUAAGGAUCAGUAGCCUUGCAUGACUAGAGAAAAGCUGAUAGCUCGGAGUGAAAACACAACAUUUUUGCCUAUACAUUUUGUACUGUAUAAUGGGAAUGGCUGAUCAGUAUUUUACAAUAAGUAGCAAACGUAGCUUUGUUGUCCCUUCCUCUCUGGGGGUCUUUUUUUCGGGGGGUGUGUGUAACCCUCCUCAAGUGUGUGAUGGCUUGACUUGUCUCUGCCACCAGGGAUCAUCCAUAAUAACUAUUAACCUCGGCGGCUCCUCGACACCACCCGCCGCCUGAAGUCUGGAGAAAAGACGCCUCUUUUCCCCUCCCCCAUUUCACUUUUCACUCCCCCCUCUUUAUUCUAACCCAUCAGUAGAGUGAGACCAAACAGAUGCUGUGUCUCAAAUCGCGUACUUCUGUAAUUAGAUUUGCUGUUCUGAGUGCAUAAGUGUGUCCAACUUCAAAUGAAUGCAAAACGCACUGUGAUACCUGGAUGGUGAACAGUAGAGUGGUGCAGUGAUGUCCUAUUUCUGUGUUUGACCCUGAAGGCAUCAUCUCCCUGGUUCAAUGGGAUUUCUCCAUUCGAUUUUUGAUUAUUGCAGAAAAUAAUCUCUGUGUCAAACAAACGUUUAUGAUAUGUACACGCUUAGUUCGGCAGGUUAAUCUCCACAUAUUAACAACACUUCGUGAUUGUUGCAGUAAAAAGCUGACAUUAGGCUAUAAAGGAACUACAGCACGGUCACAUGACGUUUAGUCGUCUCAUUUAGUCACUUGUUAGCAACCGUAGUUUUUUUAUUCUGCAGUGGGGUAUUUAUUGACGUAUUUUAUGUCAGAAACGUUACACUUUCAAAUCUCUUCAGCUUGUGUUAACCACAGACCUUAUUUCAGGAUAACAACCAAAAACAAUAUCAGGAAACCAUUGACUUCAAGGGAACAGGAAGUGCUAAAUUGCUGACUCCUUUCAGGCUGUUAGGACUCAUUCCUGCACCACUCUAUUGUGCACUAUACAAAUAUAAUGUAUACAUGUCGGUUUGGACUAUUAAAUUAGCGUUACACUAUAUUGGUGUCCAAAAGAAGCCACCGUUAAUUUUAUUGGGUGAACGUAGCAGUCUGUUGCUACAUCGAACGCUAGUAUUGCUAGCUAGCUAACUAGCUAACAGCAGCAAUCGUCAUGUCCAGUGGCAGCAGCUGUCUGCGAUUUGAGACAACACUGUCGAAAUUCACACACUGCACAAGUGUUCACAGUGUACAACAUGGAAGUGUGCUUAGGAAAAAAUAUAAAUUGAAAAACAGUGUUGGUACCGCGAAUGGUCGUCUCUACCUAGCUAGCUAGCAAACAGUGGCAAAACACAAGCCAUGUGCGAUAAACGUCAACGCUACUCGGUCGAAAUUCACACACUGCACAAGUGUUUAAAGUGUACGACAUGCAGUGUACUUAGGAAAGAAUCGUAAUUGAGACAGUGUUGGUACAGCGAACAAUAGCGUUGCUACUUAGCCAGCUAGCUAACAGCGGAGAUUCUGAUAUCCGGUGAAGGAACAGAAGCCAAGUGAGAUUUGAGACACUUCACGGUUGAAAUUCACAGACUGAGCAUUUACUCACAGUUUUCCAUAUGGCAGUGGACUAAUUGAAGUAUAUAUAUUGAGACACAGCAAUACACACAUCUCAUAGGAGUUGUAAGAAGAAGAAAAAAGCCUUAAGACAGUGAUGUUUGUCUACACACACAUCCCCUCUCCUGCUUUCUCUUCCUCCUGAUUCUCCCACAUGUACAUAGAUAGAAACACGCUUACUGUAUGUACUCCAACACUAACUUCUCUGCGGGAUGUAAUGAGAAGCGGAGACGGACGGACAGACGGACGCUGGCUGGAUUGUAAUUAUUUUUAAUGUCUUUGUGAACGGCAGGAUCUUCUCUUCUGUAAAAAUGGGAUAAAAAAGUCGCCCAUUAGAGUAUGAUAGAAAGGGUGGUGGGGGGAGGGGGGAUAUUACAAAAAUGAAUGAUCUAUUCUGUUGUACAGAUUAAAUAAUGUUCCGUAUGUAUAAAAAGUGUAGUUGUGACAUUAUGUUUUUAGAGUUGUGUUGCCAUAUUUUGUUUUGUAUUCCUGUAAAAGGCCCGGUCACAACAGCGUUUAACAUUUUUACAGUCAAGUUUAGAGACAUGGAUUUACGUCGUUGAUCGAUAAAAAGCCAUCUUAUAGAUCUGAUAUUUGUGUGAAUGUAGAGCUGAAAUGGAGGCAGAUUUUGCUUAAGUUCCUCAAGGUUUAUGUAACUUUUGUUGCAGUAAAAACAGAGAUUUGUUUUGUUUUGUAGACACAUAGGAGACAAGAGUUGAUGGUACAAAUUAGAGGUGCAUUGAUUGAAAAUAACUAGUAAUUUUAAUGGAGAAAUGCAGUUUGCAGCCCCUCAAUUAUGAAUAUGUUCUGCUUUUCAUAAUAAAGUAAAUAAAUAUUGGGUUUUCUUCUGAUAAAACAAUCAAUUUAAAGGAAUCUCUUUGGCCGAUUUUCACUUUUCUUGGACAUUUUAAACCCCAAAUGGGUUAUGGAUUUGUUUCACAUUUUCUGUCAUUUUUUAGACCGAAUACUACUACUUAUUGUUGUUGUUACUUGCAGCCUUUGUACGAAUAUUUCUUUAAAAAAACGGAUUGAUUAUCGCAUCAAUAACUCUUCUUUGAAUAGAAAAGUUAGGGGGUUAGUAAAGAUCGCAGUACAAAGAAAAUAGAUUAGUUCUGGGUAUUUUGACUAAAUAAUGCCAACACAUGUUAGCUUCCAGACAGAUCAUUAAAAUUAAAUUAAAAUAAAUAAAGUUCCCCUUCUUGCUGUUAUGACCGGGCCUCGUUAAUUAAAUGUCUCUGUUUCCUUUUUGCACUUUUGACAAGUGAGUCAGAAUCUGUUGCAUUUUUUUAUUUUAUUAUAAUUUUUACAAUAUUGAACUGCUGUGUAUAUUUUUGUACUUGAUUGUCAUUUUUUGUAUUAUUAUUAUUAUUUAAUGUAUUCUCAGUUAUUUAUAUGAUAGAGAAUGUUUCUUACCGUCAAAUUAUUUAAGGGUAUUUUUCUCAUGUCUAAGUUAUUAUCUUUUUGUUAUCUUUUUGUUUCUGACGAGAGAAAUCUGUAAUAUACGUUUCUGAAAAAUGAUUUACCGUAAUUUAAGAAUGUAGACUUAGCCUCUUUGAGAGGAACGAACCCUUUGUUGAUAAUUGUCGCCCCCCCCCCCAAACAAACAAACAAACACUCAUCUGUAAAUAAUUUUCUGACGGCGUAUUUAAAAAGCGUUGACCUCGUGCGGUUGUUUGCAUGUUCAGCAUUCGUCUUUUCUUUGCAUGUCGUCGUUGGGAUUGUUCUCCUGUUCCCUCUUUUCUCUUUAUUUAUGUAUUUAAGUUCUUUGUGUGUUUUAUUUUUCUUUAUUAUUUAUUUUUUUCCACCCUUUUUGAUUACUGUGAACACACGCAGUAACCGUGCAAUGCAUCCUCCUUUCAUUCUCUCAAAGAGGGAGCUCUCUGCGGAUCGCUGGGUUUACAAGAGAGUACAAAUUAAAGCAAUACCUUCCAUUGUCCGCGUUCCUCUUUUUCUACGGGGGGAAUCACACUGAACGGACUCUGCAGGAUAAACCACUGGCAAUGUAUUCCCUCGUGAUGUUACUGUGAACAACUUCAGUGCUAAAGGAAAUAAAUCUGUUGACUUUG